AUGGAUUUCUCCAACCUUAAAGAGCAGGUCAGCAAUAUGACCUUGUAUGACCUCAAGGCCGGUGUUCGCAAGGUCCAGAAUGCCGUCAUGAACUAUACCGAGAUGGAAUCCAAGGUCCGGGAAGCUACAAACAAUGAACCCUGGGGAGCCUCGACCACACUGAUGCAAGACAUUGCCAACGGAACACAUAGCUACCAAUUGCUCAAUGAGAUCAUGCCCCUCAUUUACAAGCGAUUCACCGACAAGGCCGCAGAGGAAUGGCGACAGAUAUACAAGAGUCUCCAGCUCCUCGAAUUCCUUGUGAAGAACGGUUCCGAACGAGUAGUGGAUGAUGCACGAUCCCACAUGUCGCUGAUACGGAUGCUUCGGCAGUUCCACUAUAUUGAUAUGAAUGGCAAGGAUCAGGGUAUCAAUGUGCGCAACCGGUCCUCUGAAUUAGUGAAGCUCCUGGGUGACGUCGAUCAAAUUCGCAAUGAAAGAAAGAAGGCCAAGAACAACCGCAACAAGUUCAGCGGUUUCGAGGGUGGUAUGGGUACCGGAGGUGGUAUGUCUAGCUCGGGCCGUUAUGGAGGCUUUGGCAGCGAAAGCAUGGGAUAUGGUGGAUACAGCGGCGGUGUCUUUGGUGAUGGCGGUGGUUUCGGCGGGCAAUCCGGCGGCGACUUCCAAGACGCUGGCCACCAGUCCAACCGCUUCGAAGAAUAUGAUGAGUACGAUGGGGCAGAUGCCCCCGCGCGCCCUCGUGAGCCCGCCGCCAAGGCGAAGCCCCAAGCAAAGAAGCCCGAGCCAGCUCCUGCACCUGUAGCAGACCUUUUCGACUUUGGUGACGACGAGCCUGUCACCACCACAACAUCCACCGCGGCCGGCAAGCAACCGGCUGGCAAUGCUCUCAACAUACUAGAUCCCAACCCGGUCGAUGACGAUGACUUCGAUGACUUCCAGUCCGCAACCCCGGCUAUCCAGCCUACUCAGACUGCGUCUUCAAGCCAAUUCGCCAUCCCCCCUCCAGCUUCCACCGCCAGCACAACUUCCAACACUCAAUUCGUUGCGCCUCAGCCAAUCUCGGCCUCACAGGGCGCCAACAUCAAUGGCCUGGUUGGAUUCACUUCGAGCACCCCUACUCCCUCCUCCAGCGGGAUGGCCACUCCUAUCUCUCAGAUGGCCCCCAUGCAGCAACAGAAGCUCUCUGGCUACCAAGCUGCCACACCCAACUAUUUCACCUCCGUCAACGUGCCCCAGCAUUCUGGGUCUUCUCACGCUGCCAAGCCCUCCAUGUCCUCCGUGUCCACUCCCUCAGGCACAGCAAACAAGUCGGGCUUAGCAGCCGCCAAGAAGCCUACCACCGAUGCCUUCGGUUCGUUGUGGUCGACUGCCAGUGCCAGCGCCGGCAUCCAAAAGAACAACACCGGCACAAACAAGGGUCCCAACCUUGCCAGCAUGGCCAAGGAAAAAGCCAGCGCCGGCAUCUGGGGCGCCCCAGCCCCCUCCAGCGCCUCCUCUACGCCCAGCCAGUACCAGCACAAGCAACAAUCCAGCUCGGCCUUUGAUGAUCUGCUCGGUUAA